CCAAGGUCCAACAUGUCAACCUCAACAGCCGAAAAGGCGGACCCAGACCACCCGCAGCCACCAUUCCAACUCAUCAAGCAAGUCGAAAAAAACAUCUGGAUCACCCGCCGCAAUGCCCAGCACGGAGGCUACGCCGACGGCGAAGAGUUCAUCGCGCGCAAAGUAGACGACUUUGACGAAUACUACGACGCCGGGAAAUACUCCAUGAGCUUCACCACCACGAAACAGCGCCAGAUCAAGGGCCUCAUGGACCUCCUCUACACGCACAACAUGGGCCGCACCGUCUCCCACAUCCUCAACCACGAGAACCUCAUCUCCCUCGCGGGAUACCUCCGCCAACAACCCGUCGACCCGCGCUCCCAACAGCAGGCCACGGAGGAUUAUUUGGUCUGGGAUAUCUGCGACGCCGGCACGCUUGAGAUUCUCUUUGCGGACCACCGGCACGCGGAGCACGAGCCGGGGUGUUUCCUGCCCGAGUCGCUCUGCUGGCACGUUCUUACCUCUGUGAUACGCACGCUUGUUUGGCUGCAUGAUGGGUAUCGGCAGGAGGUGGACUGGACUACGGGGGAGAAGUCGUGGGCGCAGACGGAUACGGAGUGGAUGCCGAUCCUGCACCGCGGUAUCGAUGCGCAGUCUAUUUUCUUCCAGCAUUCGCGGGGGAAGGAGACGUACGGCGUGUGUAAGCUGGGCAAGUUUGGCUCGGCUUUCGUGUCGGGGGUGCCGGCGCGGCGGGAGGGGGCGCAGGAGAGGGAGGAGCCGCUUCCGCAUAGCGAAGGGUUUCCGGUUGCGCCGAAGACGGGGCAUAUGCGGUUGACGGAGAUGAGAGGGCAGUGGAAGGAGUAUUUGGAUACGGGGAGGAAGAACAAACGCCUCUACACGCUCAGCGACGAACACUGGGCCCUCGGCGCCGUCCUCUUCCGCAUGAUGACCGGCCGGUUCCUGCCCAGCCUCGACGGGUGCCAGACGUGCCAGUGCGUCCACAUCCGGCGGUGCGCGAAAAUGGGCUGCGUCUACGAUACCGAGACGCAUAAGGGCAGCCGCGGGUGCUUGCACGAGAGUUUCCCGGGGUGUCGGUGCGUUGUGUCCUCCGGAUCGGGGCCGGGUCCGGCGUGUGGUGGGGCCGCUGCGGAUGUUCACGUUGACGAGGUGCUGCACCGGUUGGGGUACUCGCAGCACCUGAAGCUUGCGGUGCGGACGUUGUUGGAGUAUAACCUCGAGACGCCGGCGGUGGAGACCAAGGGGUUGGCGGAUGAGAUGGAGAGGUUGUGUAAGGAGUGGAGGUGCGAGACGGAAGAGGGGAGGGAGUAUGUUGAUGUGUUGGAUGAUCUUGGGUACCGGUUCAUGGUGUUGAAUAAGGUUGCUGAUGAGGUUAAGUAAGUAGUACGGUAGCAGCUGUCUCUUGUAGGCUGACUUGCGUUUGGGGGUUGUGUUAACCAUGUCUAGUGGAGAUAUAUCACCUACUUGGCCUCGAGAGUGUGCUUCUAUGAGCUGAUGUCGUGAUUUCAACGCAGGAACGAGUAGAAGAUUCUCAAGCUGGUUGAGUGAGAAAGUUCGCACUGUCCCACCAUAGUUCAUCCAGUUUAUCCAUGAAUCACACGACUGAAUCAUGUAGAGCUGUCAUGGUGCUUAGUUACCUUGCCUUAGCUGCAGUAGAUGCCGAGCACUAACACACAAAUUCGCUGCGUGACAGACCUUGGCCGGUACGUACCCUUCAGACGUUUGACAAGCCCCACCUCCACCACUGCUGCCCGAAUUUUACUUGGCGCGCGACCUCGAGCACAGAGCACAAGACAAAGCUCCGAGUUCCAGCCUGGCCAAGUUGUCCACCGGUCGGGUGGAUCACAACUGAACCUCUGCCACCACCACC